AAAUAAAUAAAUUAUGGUGGUGGAAUUGUUUUCUUUUCUACUUAAGGCCAUGUUUUACAGUUCUGGGGUCUGGAGGGAACAUAGUAACCAUUGUUAUGCUCUCUGCUGUGGGAAUUGUGAAAAGGGCUUCCAAAGGCAGAAGGGUACAUAUAUUUCCCUUGGAAGUUUCACUCCACAUUGUACCUAUUUUUGGAGCGGGCAUAGCAUUAGCUGACGUGAUUAUGCUUGCAAGCAAAAUUAUGAAUGGCUAUGCUGUUUCAUAUCAUGAAUGGCUACUUACAUGUUCACGAUUGUUAGUAUGGGUGAACGUACUCGCGAUCUCAAAAUGUCUCCACUAUAGUGUUGUCUUCUGCAAACCAAUCUUGUGCUUUUGGUGGAUUCUGAAACCAUUUCUUUCUAUACUUCAGCUGCAAAGAUGUUUUUCUUCUAAUGAGGUAUUUGUAUGUGUGAAGGUCUUUGCAUUUCUACUGGAUGUCAUUUUUGCAAUUCUGAUAAAUAUUGUCAGACUAAAAUCUGACGACACAAGAAGCAGUCCAAUGGAAGAAUCACUUCUUCCUUGCAAUGUUGAUAUUGAAGAAGGAUGCUCUAGAGAAUCGCCAAGGGGAAUCACCCAAAGCUUUUGGAGAACUGCAACAUUUAAGUUUAUAGACUCUCUAUUGGAACGCGGUGUAGAAAAACAGCUUGACUUUGAAGACUUGCUUCAGCUACCACCUGAUAUGGAUCCUUCAUCGUGCCAUACUUUGCUUUUGAACCACUGGGAUUCUCAUCAAACAAAAAAUGAUUCUCAUCCUUCAUUAUUUAAAGCAAUUUGUUCUGCAUAUGGAUGGUCGUACAUCUAUCUUGGGCUUCUAAAGGUAGUUAAUGACUGUCUUGGCUUUGCAAGUCCCUUGCUUCUCAAUAGAUUGAUUCAGUACCUUCAAAGAGGUUCAACACAUUAUGAUGGCUAUGUUCUUGCAGUGUCGAUGGGCCUUACAUCUGUUCUCAGAUCUUUCCUUGAUACACAGUACUCUUUUCGCCUUUCCAAGCUUAAGCUAAAGCUAAGAUCCAGUAUCAUGACUCUCAUUUACCGUAAGUGCCUCUGCACUAAUUUAGCAGAAAGAUCAAAAUUCUCCGAAGGUGAAAUCCAGACAUUCAUGUCCGUAGAUGCGGAUCGAACUGUUAACAUCUGCAACAGCUUCCAUGACAUGUUGAGCUUGCCAUUGCAAAUUGGAGUUUCUCUCUACCUGCUAUAUGAACAAGUAAAAUUUGCCUUUGUUGCUGGACUGGCAAUAACCAUAUUGCUAAUACCAGUGAAUAAAUGGAUUGCAAAUUUAAUUGCUAGAGCUACCAAAAACAUGAUGGAGCAGAAAGAUGAAAGGGUAAGGAGGACAGCCGAACUCUUAACGAAUGUUCGCACUUUGAAGAUGUAUGGAUGGGUGUUUCUUUUUGCUACAUGGAUUAUGAAGACAAGAUUGAUGGAAGUCACUUACCUAUCGACAAGGAAGUAUUUGGAUGCUUGGUGUGUAUUCUUCUGGGCAACGACACCAACUCUUUUCUCUUUGUUCACAUUUGGACUCUAUACAAUGAUGGGUUAUGAACUUGAUGCUGCAACGGUUUUCACAUGUCUUGCGUUGUUCAAUAAUUUGAUCUCCCCUCUCAAUUCGUUCCCUUGGGUCAUCAAUGGGUUAAUCGAUGCCAUAAUAUCUACUAAAAGGUUAAGCAGAUACCUAUCUUGUUUUGAGCAUGAAGUAGCGAAGGAACAUACUGGCCCUAAGCAGUCUAAUAAUGAAGAUAAUGACGUUGCCAUUUUUGUACAUGAUGCAUCUUGUAUAUGGUCAAGCAGUGAUGAGAAGCAGUUAGAUAUUGUACUGGAUCAUGUCAAUCUAUUCAUUCCUAAAGGCUUACUUGUUGCAGUAGUUGGAGAGGUUGGGUCAGGGAAGUCAUCCCUACUAAAUAUGAUUUUAGGGGAGAUGAAAUUGAUAAAUGGCGCUAUACAUGUAAAUGGCUCUAUAGCUUAUGUACCACAGGUCCCUUGGAUUCUCUCUGGUACUAUCCGUGACAAUAUUUUGUUUGGGAGGAGCUACGAUGCAAUGAGAUACUCAGAAGUAUUACAUGCGUGUUCUAUGGACUUCGAUAUUUUGAGAAUGGCGGGAGGUGACAUGGCUCAUGUUGGAGAGAAAGGAGUCAAUUUAUCAGGAGGACAGAGAGCUCGUCUUGCGCUUGCGAGGGCUAUAUAUCAUGGGGCAUAUAUAUACAUCCUUGAUGAUAUCCUCAGUGCUGUUGAUGCUCAUGUUGCUUUCUCUAUUUUACACACUGCAAUCCUUGGGCCUCUGAUGAAACAAAGGACAUGCAUCCUCUGCACACAUAACCUUCAGGCAAUAACAGCGGCUGACAUUGUGGUUGUGAUGGAUAAAGGGCAUGUUAAAUUUGUAGGAAAUCCAACAAGUUUAUCAUGUCCCACUAGUUUUGCAUUCUCAUCCAUCGAUGAACUAAAUGCAUCUUCCAUAGCUCACACGGAAAGAAGAAAACCAACUAUUUCAACAGAUCCUCUCUGUCUAGUAGAUUCAGACAGUGAUAUUAUGUGUGGUGGUGGUGGAGCUCAAGAAAUUGUUGAAUUAGAAAGAAGGGAAGAAGGAAGAGUUGAAGUCAUGGUCUACAAAAAGUAUGCUGCAUUUUCUGGUUGGAUCAUCACAGUCGUCAUUGGUGUGUCUGCUAUUAUGAUGCAAGCUUCCCGAAAUGGAAAUGAUGUUUGGCUAUCAUAUUGGGUUGACUCAACGGGAAGCAACCAGAAAUCAUAUUCAACUGCAUGUUACUUGGUUAUUCUCAGUGCUAUCUGUUUGGCAAAUUCUUUCCUAACUUUAGUAAGGUCAUUUUCAUUUGCAUACGGGGGUCUACGUGCUGCUGUUAAGGUUCAUGAUCAAUUGUUGAAGAACCUUACUAUUGCACCAAUUAGUUUCUUUGAUCAGACGCCGAGUGGAAGAAUAUUAAACAGGCUGUCUUCAGAUUUAUACACAAUUGACGAUUCCCUUCCAUUCAUUCUCAACAUACUUCUUGCCAAUUUCAUUGGCCUUCUCGGAGUUGUUGUAGUUUUAUCAUAUGUUCAGGUCCUUUUUCUGUUUCUGCUGCUGCCGUUUUGGUUCAUUUACAGCAGAUUGCAGUUCUACUAUAGGUCCACAUCACGUGAAUUGCGAAGGCUUGAUAGCGUGUCCAGGUCGCCAAUUUAUGCAUCUUUUACAGAAAGUAUGGAUGGAUCAUCAACUAUUAGGGCGUUUAUGUCUAAGGACCUAUUUUUGACCAGAUUCUUUCAGAAUAUGAUGGUUUAUCAGAGAACUUCUUACUCAGAGGCAACUGCAAGUUUGUGGCUCUCUCUUCGCCUUCAGUGGUUGGCAGCGUUUAUAAUUUCAUUCAUUGCGGUGAUGGCUGUCAUUGGUUCUCAUGGAUAUCUUCACAUUAACAUAGGUACUCCAGGGCUGGUAGGCUUAGCGCUUUCAUAUGCUGCCCCAAUUGUAUCCAGUUUGGGGAGCUUCUUGUCGAGUUUCACAGAAACUGAAAAGGAGAUGGUUUCUAUGGAAAGAGUUCUUCAGUACAUGGAUAUACCUCAAGAAGAACUCAUUGAAGGUCGGAGAGUUAACCAAAGCUGGCCAUCUCAAGGGGAGAUAAAUUUUCAGAAUGUGACUCUUAAGUACAUGCCAGCACUACCUCCGGCUUUGCGUGGUGUAACCUUUGCCAUUGCAGGAGGAACACAGGUAGGAAUAAUUGGAAGAACUGGAGCAGGAAAAUCAAGCAUUUUGAAUGCCUUAUUCCGCCUCUAUCCAAUAUGUGGAGGGCGUAUCGUGGUUGAUGGCAUAGAUACCUCUGAUGUUUCUCUAAGGGAUCUCCGCGAAAGAUUUUCUGUUGUCCCACAGGCUCCUUUCUUGUUUGAAGGGUCACUCAGGACCAACCUGGAUCCGUUGUGUGUGUACGACGAUAUAGAGAUAUGGAAGGUUCUGGAGAAAUGCCAUUUGAAGGAAGAAGUGGAAGCUGCCGGAGGGCUGGACAUGGAUGUUAAAGGUUUUGGAGCUCCAUUUUCUGUUGGGCAAAGACAGCUACUCUGCCUCGUCCGCGCUCUUCUUAAAUCCUCCAAGAUAUUGUGUCUAGAUGAGUGCACAGCAAGUGUAGACACUCCAACGGCUUCAAAACUUCACAAGGUCAUCAAGGAUGAGUGCCAAGGGACAACCGUGAUUGCAAUUGCUCAUCGGAUUUCAACCGUUCUGGACAUGGACAAUAUCUUGAUCUUUGACCAAGGGAUCUUGGUUGAACAAGGCCAUCCAUAUGAUCUUGUUGAAGAUGAGUCAUCCUUAUUUUCAAGUUUUGCAAAAGCAUCAAAUAUGUAGAGUUCUAUUUGGAAGAUGAUUAUGACUACACUAGUUAAUUUAAUCUUGUUGGCUUUUAUGUAUGUUUUUUUUACUCCCUUGUCACACGCUGAUUAGACUAUUUUUUAUUGGUUGAAAUCUUCCAUGCCACUGUGUGACAUUCUAUUCUUGACUUGUCAUUGGGAAUUCUCUAAUGAAACUCCAUUCUAACAAUUCACUUUCCGAUUUGAGCUAUCACACAUAUUAAAUCAGAGAAAAAAAAUUAGGGCAAUGCU